AUGUUACCGGAGUUCAGAGGUCAACUAUUUCAAUUACCCCUUAUUGCAACAACAUGGACAAGUGCUCGAAAUCGAUAUAUACAAGAGAAACAGAAUUCUCCAUUACCAAUUCGUUUUAUUUUAAUAAUUAUUGAACAAACAAUUUUAUCAGUACAUAAAAAUAUUAUUCAACCUUUGCCCUUGCCAUAUCAUUCUUAUCUAAAUAGUUUGGAUCAUUUUCUUUGUUCACAUAUUAAUUCUAUUCGACAUAUCUGUCCAAUUGUUGAUCAAACUUCCGAUGAAGUUAUUGAACGUUAUAGUAAUCUAUUCUUUUUAUCCGUGAUAAAUAAAAGUUCAAAAUCCAGUACAAUUAAUAGUAAUUUUAAUAAUAUAACAAAUGUUCGUAAAGAAAAAAAAUUUAAACUUUUCGGAACAUAUUUUCGAUUUAUAACAAGUAUAUUAAUGGUGAUUGAAAUGUAUUCGAAAUCGAUUAAAAAUGAAUUAAAUGAUUAUAUUGAUACAACUCGAAAUCUUUGGAAAAAUUUAAAUAUGGAAGAUGGACGAUCAUUAGAUGAAGUUGAGUCAUUUUCGGAAAAAUUACUUGUUCUUGGUCGUCGUAUGACUGGUAAUUAUCGUCAACUCGUUUAUCUUAUGCGUUAUCAAUUAAAACGAUGUCGAUAUAUUCUAUUUUCAUUUAUACGUGUUCAUUAUUGUUUUCGUACAACUGCCUGGCGUAUUACUCGAAAAAUUCAAAUGAAUAAAAUGAAUCAAAAGUUUAAUGUUCGUGCACGAUAUGGAAUAAUAUCAUCAAAAGAACGUGUUCAUCAUUAUUUAGACGUAAUGAUGUUACAUGCAGCUAAACAUCCGUGGAUGAGAUGGAUAACACCAAGUUCACCUAAACCACAGCCUCAACAACCAUUGACAAGCAUUCGUCCGAUAUUUUUUGUUUCAUCCAAUAACACUUCAGAAUGUAGUGGAUCGGAAGAUAAUGUUCGAGAUGCAUAUCCUAAAUAUUUUGAAUCAACACCAUAUAGAAGAAAUUUUAAGCGUACGGAUAUAAUUCAAUCGAAAUUACAAAUUGAAGAAGCUUUAUCAAAUGUUUCUUCAUCUUCAUCAAGUACAUUGGAACCAAGUGUUGAUGUUAAAGAUAUUAUUCGACAAGUUGAGUCUCAAUCUAGCCAAACAUUAGAUACAAGUUGUUCAGUAAAUCAAGAUGAUGAAAAUCAAAUUAUUGAACAAGCAUUAAAUGAAACAGAUGGUAAUGGACUGCAACAACAACAACCUGUUUCUGUAUUCGAUCUUUCUCCUAUGCUUGCCAGUGGUUGUGCUGUUUGA